AUGGCCUCGGAAAAGGGUUCUCUCGCGACCGAAGACACUUCAGCGACGGCGACGGUCCUCCCCAAGCCGGACCAGACCGCGUCUUCCCUCUUCGCCCUCCAGGAACCCCAGCGGAGCAAGUCUCUGAAGAGAACACGCGAGACCACUCCGACUUCUCCUACCUCCCUUGUCGCUGGCGACCAGCCGAUCAUCACCGGAUCCCCGACCAAGUCGGCACGCCUCGGCCUGCUCAAUCGACGCUCGCCUGUCCCGCCUCUGACCGGCGCCGCCGCCCUCGAAGACCAGCGACGUCAACGCGAAGAAGAGGACGCCCGCGCGGAUCCGCCUGGCUCGAGCGAGAACCCCAGCCAACGCAUCCUGUCGGCGCUCGCUGGAGACGCCGCAUCCGUCAUGAGCCGGGCGAGCGACGCGCCGCAGGCACCUACGGCGUCCAUGGACGUGCCACCGCCCAAAGCGCCGCCCAGCGUCUCCAUACCUUUGAUCAACCAUGCCGCCACAGAUACGGCCGAGGCCAGCCCGCAGAGCGCGACGAGCGCUGCCAGCAUAGGAGGCACCUUGGUCACCGCGAGCCCAGGUCCUAUGGAAGUCGACCCCAGUGCCAACGAGCAGGCGACGCCGGCGCAUCACUCCCACGCCCCGGACGACAAGAACACGCCCGGGUCGCUGUCAUAUCCCGGAUCGCUGCACGCCAGCAUGAUGUCGGCACCACCAGCCCGCGGCAUGAGCUUCCCCAUGCCGUCACCCGGGCAGGACUCGCCCGGGCAGCCCGGCGGGAAGAAGCACAAGUGCCCGUACUGCGAAACCGAAUUCACGCGUCACCACAACCUGAAGAGCCACCUUCUGACACAUAGCCAAGAGAAGCCUUUCAUCUGCCAGCAAUGUGAUUCUCGCUUCCGUCGCCUGCACGAUCUCAAGCGCCACAGCAAGCUUCACACGGGCGAGAAGCCUCACAUCUGCCCCAAGUGCAACCGCAAGUUUGCGCGCGGCGAUGCUCUCGCGCGACACAGCAAGGGCGCUGGCGGUUGCGCCGGCAGGCGAUCGAGCAUGGGUAGUUUUGGUGCCGAUGUGGAUGGCCUCGAUGAUUCCGGCAUGCACGACGACUCCAUGACCGGGGUAUCGUACGGCAACGACGAGGGAAUGACGGAGGAGGAGAGAAGACAUUUGAGCCUUCCAAGCAUCAAAGCUUCUCAUGUUCCUGGUGGGCAAUCUUCUAUCGAUGGCUUUGGGCCGCAUUCACGGACUUACCCCCCGGCAGGCUCACUCGAGAGACCAUCUGGGGGUCUCUACCCCCCGCCUCCGCCGCAGGACAGGGGCGCAUCUGGAUCGAAUACAUCUCCCAGCAUGGGCAACAGCAUGGGCGGCGGCCAUACCCCGAACACGAGUCUAUCCUCCAUGCCCACUAGCGGCGCAGGCUCCUCCAUGUAUUCUCAGGGCGGAACCAUGACGGAGAGCCCCAAGCCCUUAAGCCCUGGCGCGGCGCACGACGGCACCGGCCUGAGCAGACAGCGAUCGCCGAGUCUCACGCAACAGUUUCAACAGCAGCAUUUUGGGCGCAGACCGUCCGACCGUCACACCCCUCCAGGCUUCGCCUCAAACAGCGCGCCAUCAGCCAACGGCCCUCCAGCCCGCGCAUCAGGGAGUUCGCACGGCGGCGGCGGCGCGGAGAACGGCGGCAACAUGUUUGCCACGGACCCCGGUGUCUGGACGUAUAUCCAGACACUGGAGACCCAGGUCAAGCAGCUGUCGGAAAAUGUGGCGGCCAUGCAAAAGGCGGACAGCGCCAAACAGGCCCAGAUCGGGCUGCUCACCACCGAGAUGACGGCCCUCAAGAAGCAGCUCCAGGCUCAAGAAUCUGAGGCGGCGGCCAAACAAGCGCAGAUCGGGCUCCUGACAGCAGAAGUGACAGAAUUCCGGAAACAGCUCCAAGGCCGCGAGACGGAGGCCCUCACGCCCAAGGCAUGA